AUGGGGCGAUAUGUUCUCUCGUUAGUGCAUACAAUAAGGACCUUGGUAACUGCCACAUGUUUGGCGCACUGCUUCUUGCUUCUGGAUCUUCCGCGCCCCUGCGCUGCUUCUGGUCUGCUCCACAGGUAUAGGGGUAACCAGAAGCAUUUGGGACCGGAUGUUGGUUUGCAACGGAGCCAAUUCGGGGCUCGUGUACCCGCAUUUGUCGCAAACAACGUGAGAAGUGAUGGCUUAUUUGCGUCUGAUUCACGGUUAUUCGCGUCCGGCAGGUUUUCGUUCGACCCUGCCGUCGUGAAGAAGCGACGCCGAUCAUCGCUGAGUAAACAAUCUAACAAGUCCAAAAACCGCUGGGAAUCGCAACAUUCUACGAUGCACGAGCUUGCGAACCUGUCUUCCGACCACCCGACAAAAGAGGCCCUGCGGCAGGUGAGCCUUGAGGAAUUCGUCAGACGUAUCGAGAAACGCCCGGAGCGGAAGCGUAUUCCACGCCCUGCCGAGGCGCAUGAACCAUGGUAUGAUGCCGUGGUGUACCUUAAGGGGCUGCCGUACGAGGCCACUGAGGACGACAUUCAAAGCUGGCUAUCGGGUUAUGAUAUUAUCUGCGUCGUGCUCAUCAAGAACGAGAACGGCUGCUUCACUGGCGAUGCGUACGUUAGGUGCUCCAACAUCGAAGAGAGGGACCGCUUGCAGCGGGAAAUGACCGGUAAAACUCUCGGCACUCGUUACGUGCCCAUGUACCGUGUGACAGAGUCAGCGUACCUGGAGUACUACCGGACCGGUUUCCGCCGUGAGCCUGCGAAGCGCAACUACAUCGCUCCUCAACUGCUGGUUAUGAAACACGGCGUCGGAAUAGAGCCUACCGACGUCUGUAGCCUGAAAAGCGGUUCUAGGAUAUGCGGCGUCGUGACUAAUAUUUAUCGCAACGGUGUUCUUGUGGACUGUAGCGUAUACGAGUCGGUGGGAGGUCUGCGAGAGCGGGUGUUCUGCGUUUUGAUGCGCAACCGUAUCGCGCGUAAUGUUGGCCUGCUGGGUCAGCAGCGCGAGUGGCUGCGAACGAAGGACCUGGUGCUCUUCCCUGGCAUCAAGCUGAACCUCUACGUGGAGAAGGUGCGCCAAACCACUGCCCAGUCGUCGUUCGAUGAAGACUUAUGGCGCGAGCAUUUCGGUGAACCCUUCGAGUCCUUGAAUGCGCCGUCUUCGCUGCCCAAGCGCUCCAUGGUCUACCUCACCAUGGACUCCUCUGUGAGCGACGACAAGGUGCAGUGGUGGGAGAGGCGUCUGGUCGACACAUACGCUAAGUUUACGCUGCACGACAGUGACAUUCCAGAUCGGAUCCAUGACGAAGAAGUGUUUCAGCGGGUGGCGGUCGGCGAUACGUGGCUGGGUGGCCGCCCGCACGUGAAACGCAGUGAGGUCGCGGCAGGGCGCGUAUCCAUAGGCGGCAACAAGAAGAUAGUUGAUACAACUUCAACGUUUGACCGCGAGGCUGAGGAACCCGACCCACCUGACAACGUGGAUGGCCCUGCUUACCACGAGCUUGUGCGCGAAUUUAUGCGUGACUCAGACGUCGAUAAGUAUGGAACGCGGUAUCACGGCUUCGAGGAUGCAGAAGCCGGGUUAGAUACAACGGAAAUCCGCGGGGAGCCCACUAUGGAACCUAUCUUACUGAACGUCGAUUCGCCCAACGAGCCCGCCGUAUUUGACGAUGCCGAGAUGUCGGAGGCUGGCAGCUCCACUUCAACUGAUGUCCCUUUUGAUACAUCAACCGGCGCGAGCAGAGUGUCAUUCCAACGCACCAAAGUGUCGUCCAAUGCACCCUCGUUGGUACUUGGAAAUGCCGCAGAUGAAGGCGGUCCUGGGGAGCUUCGCCGGUUUGCGUUUAGAGAAAUUGAUGUUCCCCCAACGUCAAUGAUGCCAGCCGACAACUUAGACGGCCUGAACGUCAUAGAGGAUCUGCGUCGGAAAACUAUCGCGGAAGAACUAAAGGUCCUUCCGCGCACAACGCUGUUCGACGAGUGCAUCCAGCUUCCGGGUAGCGGCUGGUUACUAAGGCGAUCUGACGUCCCCAAAUUGGCGGAAGUUCAAGUAGUUGCUAUAUUGCGGCAACUGGGUAAGGAAGCAGUGAAAGGCGCGGAAAACUCCGAUUUCCAAAAUCGUAUGUUGUUGUGCCAGGUGAUAAAGGAGCAGGGCCUGGGCACGGGUUUAGACCCUAAGACGCUGAUCGCGAAGGGUCUGUACAAGGUCAAGCAGUCGAAGAAGAAACUUAAGCGAAUCAUCGAGCUAACUAAGAACCUGACAGGUCGCCGUUUCACCAGGGAGGACCUGGACGCGGCGUCAAAGUCGGAGCUACAGAUGUUGGCCGAGGAAUCGCUGCGCAAAUUCGCACAGUGGAACCCAGUUGAGGAUGUAAAACGCGUGUUUGUAGAGAUGUAUGGCGGCAUCUUAUCGAGUCUGCCAGAGGACGCCAGCUUGGAGGAGCGCUGGGAGGCGCUGAAAUGGCACGUCGUGCUCGAGAUAUACGGCGAACAGAGCGACUUGAAGGAAAUACUCCGUGACAUCGAGGAGAACGAUCGCAUGCUGGGCCAGCACGUCGAAUCCCCAUCUGACGUGUUGGGUGAAUUGGUGAAGGGCUCCAUAGAGCAGAUGUGCUCUGAGCGGCAUGCCGAACAUGAGCCGCCGUCCCCCUGA